CACCUGCACCAAGGCCAGAAAUCGCACGCUUCACCGGAUCGUCUGGACGCGAUUUCGAACAAAAGUGCUGCAGCAGAAUGGGGGCGGGGCGAUGGAGAGGAAGUGCGGGUGGUCAAGAAGCUAGGACUACCAAGACUCCAAGAGAUGCCCUCAAAUGCUUGGCCUUAAGCCGGCCAAUGAUAUCUCUAAACUCAGUUGCCGCCAAAGCUUGAUUUGUCUCGGCAUCCAAGGGACCAAGAACUUCAGGCGAUGAUCACCUCAAUUUCCAUCCUGUCGGAUCACUUCUUGCCACCUCUCGACACCGAGAGGGCUAUCCAUCCCAUCGCGAUAACACAUAUUGUAUGCUGUCAAUUAUUAUUUGAGAUUGCGACGGGUACGAGAAUUAUGAUUACUAGUUGCGUUCGCCCCGAGUCAGAUCAUGGCGCCAUACUCGUUCGCAUUGGGGGGGACGCUACGCCUCACCUGCUGUCCAAUGAACCGGGGCGUUUGGUCAGUCAUCUGUCCGGGUCUAAAUGGGACAGUCUUCUAGAACAAAAUGAGCCUGACGAAAGGAAUGCGGCAAUUAUUUGCCAGAUAGUGGAGGCGCCAUGCAACCUUUUACUCGGCCGUUCGUCUGUUGGCGUACGAAGAUCGCGUGCCUUAGGACUUGGGACUUCACCACCAGAGAUGCUCUUCGCGCUUCCUCGGAGUGUCAACUACUUGUUGCCUAGAGGCCGAAGCCAAUAGCCCUGCCGUUUUGAAGCCACGACGACGGCAGUCGCUACACUCGAAGUCAAUUGAAUAAUGACAUUGACUAUUUGGAACACCAAAGGAGCGCCCAUGGGAUGACAGCUAGGCACGACAAAAGAUCCAGGAACGAAAACCCAAACACACAGAACCAAAGCUUGCUGAAGCAUGC